AUGUACCUGGCUUUUGUCACCGACUUUAUAUGGCAUGAUGAUCCAGACCUAUUUUCGAGUAACAUCUCACACUCCAGGAUGCAUUUUUCAACUGCCUCGGUGCUCGCUACACUGAUCUCUGCGGCUGCCGCUGCCAAGCAGAUGCAGAUCAACUACUACAGUGACACCAAGUGCAAGUCUUAUGCUGGCCAGGUCGAUGUCACUUGGGCCCAGAGUGUAUACUCGGGCAAGACCAACUGUUUCAAUUAUCAUUACGGCACGGCUAUGAACAUCGCGGAGUGCCAAGCUGGGGGGUGCUUGUGCAACCUUUACAGCGGGAAAAACUGCAACGAUUACAUGGAUCAGAUGCGGUACGGAGGCGAGUUUAGUUGUCGCCCUUGGGCUGAUCGGGUGCAAUCUUAUGCAUGCUACUAUGGUGCUUGA